AGUGAAGCGACACGAGCCAAGCAGAAAUGCAAUCCAACUGUGUCCAACCAAAACUCCAGCCAGCCUCCUCAACAGGAACUGACGUUUCUUCGGUGCAAGUGGAUGGAAAAAAUGCAGCUGCAGGAAAAAUGGCUCCAAACACCGCACCGUUAAAAGGUGUAUAAAGAUUUGCUACACAAUCCUUUUGGCCACAUUGACUUUACAGCUGUCACACUCAUGGCACCAUCCAGUUGACAGAAUGGCCCAGAUAUCAAGUGGUAAUGGGUUCAAGCUGGAAGUCCCCCAGUCAAAGGGGGCUGUUGGUAAAGAGGAAGCCCUCCGCAUGGAGGAAGAGGCUUUAGCAAAAUUGCAAAGGGAGAAGAGACACACCGUUUCAGCUUCAACACCCUCAUCUUCCUCUGCAGCAUCCUCAUCCAUCUCAAAACCAAAACCAUUGAAAUCUGCCACUACUGCUCCUCAACCUUUACCCUCUACUUAUAGACCAGAAAAGGACCUCAUUGUCUUCCCAGAGACCAAGAAGCAGGCAGAGCAAAACAAGUUCAGGGAUAUUGAUGUGGACAAGCUGACAAAUGAGGAACUUGAAAAGCUCCUACUGGAUGAGAACUUUGGGGCUAACAGCAAAGUGUCCCGCCCCUCAUCGCUAAUGGGGUUUAACCUCAGUGCCUCCUACCCUGGAGGCCAUGUCUGUAGCUCCUCUCCUUUCCAGAGCAGCCAGUGGACACCUGUUAUGUCCACCCCAUCUAGCUCUAGUGUGUCCACUCCCACCCAUCAGCCUACACCAUUGUUCCCCUCUGCUCCAUUCCCUAAACCAGGCACAUUUCAGAAUGGCUUCACUCCAACCAUGUCACCCUUCAUGCCCCUGGCAGCACAGCAGACAACCUUCAUGGCCUUCCCUCCCAUCCAGCCUGCUAGUGCCAUGGUCUUCCCACAGCCAACCGUGGACCCAGAGAUGGCCAAACUGUUCGACAAGAUUGCCAGCACCUCAGAAUACUUGAAAAAUGGCAAACCGGCCAGCACUGACCUAGAUUCCUCUCAAGCAGGCACAGCUUCUCUGGCACCCAAUCCACCAGCCCAGCAGCCAGCGGUGAUGGAGUCUUCUAGCAUCAGCCGCUUUGACUGGCUGGAUCUGGACCCACUUACAAAGCGUAAAGCUGAGAAUGAGGAAGUAUCCCAGGUGUCAGGAGGCGCUGCACAAACAGGACCAGUUGCUGCUGGGGAUCCUUGGGAUGCAGUGCUUGAGACUGAAGGGAACAGUAGUAGUAGCAGCAGCCCCAAGCCCGAGGUGAAAGCAUCACUGUCAGUUCGCUCGCAGCCCAGGAGAGCAUCAACAGGCGCGGCUGUCACCAGGAGUCACUCGCUUAACAUCCCAGGGACCUCCUCCCAGCACAAACCAAACAGUCAGGACAAGGGAAAAGGAAAAGGUUUGGUGAAGAAUGACGCGCUGGAAGAAAAGGACGCUCAAAACUUGGAGGUUGUCGCCUUCUGUGAAGACGUAGCAACCCUGCGCUCCAAAUUCCCUCAUGGCGACAUGUCCACCAACCCUGGCUAUGUCCUAAGCCCUGUCAUUACCCAGAGAGACGGCGGAGGUGACACUAGCUGCUCUGUCAAGGUUUCAAUUGAAAUCUCAGAGUCUCAGCAGCCUGUUACAUUCACCUGUGACGUGAGUUCUCCAGUGGAGCUGUUGAUCAGUCAGACUCUCUGUUGGGUCCACGAUGACCUGGACCAGGUCGACUUCUCCAGCUACCUGCUCAAAGUGUGUGGCCGGGAGGAGGUGCUGCAGAAUAAACACAGCCUCGGAAGCCAUGAGUACGUCCAGAACUGCAGGAAGUGGGAGAAUGAGAUCACAUUACAGCUACUCUCUCACUCCACCAUGAGAAGAGACUUGGCGCGCACUGAGGAAGAUGACAACUCCUCCAUAGACUUAGAGAAGCACCUUGGCCAAGUGGACAGGCCAUUCAAGGAAAAUGUCACCAGACAAGGCCUUGCUGACUAUUUAGAAGGCUAUCACAAUCAAGUCAACAUCUGCCUACAAAAUGAGAGUACCCAGUAUAAGACAGUGGAUCGGUUGGCGCAGACUCUGAAGAACCUGUGUUGUGCUCUAGAUGAGGUGGAGACGCAAGCCAUCACAGAGGCUGUGAAGAGGCUUCGCCAUUCCGUCAAUUUACCCAGGACACACUCACCCAAGAUGGGGUCCAAAUCAUCUGGUCAGUCAUCAAAUGGUCACACCAGUCCCGUGGAGGAGAGCAUGGCCUUGCUGACACAGGCUGUGUAUAAUCUGGCAAAGCUCUACUUGCGCUCCUUCUGCCCCCCAUCCGCCUCCUUCAGCUCCCCUCCAUUGCCUCAGGCUACAGAUGGGGAAUGUAUAGAGGGGAGGAGUAGCAAAGAAGCUUCAGGCACCACAGACCACCUUCAGUUCACUCUGUUUGCAUUGCAUGGCAUCCCGGCGAACUGGGUCAGCAGUUAUGAGAAGUACUUUCUGGUGUGUUCACUCACACACAAUGGCAAGAACCUGUUUAAACCGGUCCAGUCCAAGAGAGUGGGCACAUACAAAAGCUUCUUCUACCACAUCAAAUGGGACGAACUGAUCAGCUUCCCCAUAGCAGUAGCUGUUCUCCCCCUGGAGUCCAUACUGAGCCUCACUUUGUUCGGGGUGUUGAACCAGAAUGCCAGCGGCUCCCCAGACUCCAACAAACAGAGGAAAGCUCCAGAGCUGCUGGGCAAAGUCUCUAUGCCGCUCUUUGACUUUAGAGGGGUGCUUGCCAGGGGCAGCAGGUUGUUGUGUCUGUGGACAUCUGCCCAGGGAGCUGCUGCCGCCGCUGGCUCUACAGGCAGCCGCAAGAGGGUGCCUGUAGAGAGAAUAGUACUACAGGUGGAUUUCCCCAACUCAGCAGUGGAUGUUUUAUACGUGGGACCCAAGGAAGCCCCAAGCCCAGAGCCCCACACAGUGGAAGAGUUGGACCCCGAUCUGCGGCGCAAACUAGAGAAAAUCUGCAGCCGAGCUUCCAAUUUUGGGCUAAAGCGUGCAGACCACCAGCUCUUAUGGGACCAUCAGCUCCACUGUCGGAAGGACCACCCCAGCAGCCUCCCCAAGGUGCUGGCUAGUGUGCCCAGCUGGGACUGGGCAAGCAUAGCCCAUAUCCACUCCCUGCUGCACCACUGGCCCCCUCUGCCCCCUGUCACCGCGCUGGAGAUGCUCGACUCAAAGUUUGCAGACACGGAAGUGAGAAAUGUUGCUGUUGGUUGGAUUGAAAAGAGCAGUGAUGAUGAGCUGGCUGACUAUCUGCCACAGCUUGUACAGGCAUUAAAGUUUGAGUGUCACUUAAAGAAUGCCCUUGUCAUGUUCCUGCUGUCCAGAGCACAAGGGAACAUCAACAUUGCUCACUACCUCUAUUGGCUACUGAAGGAUGCUGUGCAGGAUCCUGCCUGGGGACGACGCUAUGAGCGGGUGCUGGGUGCCCUGCUGUGUCUGUGUGGAGCGAAGCUGAGGGCAGAGCUGGAGAAACAGACUCACCUGGUUAACCUGCUGGGAGCCGUGGCAGAGAGAGUCAGGCAGGCCGGAGGGUCCACAAGACAGGUAGCGCUUCAGGAGGGCCUUGAAAAUGUUCAGAACUUUUUCCAGAGGAACAGCUGCCGACUGCCUCUCAGCCCCAGUCUGGUUGCCAAGGAGCUAAACAUGAAGGCCUGCUCCUUCUUCAACUCCAACGCAGUUCCCCUCAAGCUGGCCCUGGUCAAUGCCGACCCUCUGGGAGAAGAGAUCAAUGUUAUGUUUAAGGUUGGAGAGGACUUGAGGCAGGACAUGUUGGCUCUUCAGAUGAUCCGGAUUAUGGACCGCAUCUGGCUGCAGGAGGGGCUGGAUCUCCGUAUUGUCAACUUCAAAUGCAUCUCCACCGGCAAGGACAAAGGCAUGGUGGAACUGGUGCCAUCCUCCGACACCCUGAGAAAGAUCCAGGUGGAGUACGGCGUAACAGGAUCCUUCAAGGACAAACCGCUGGCGGAGUGGCUCCGCAAGUACAAUCCUGCUGAGGAUGAAUAUGAGAAGGCAUCAGAGAAUUUCAUCUACUCAUGUGCAGGAUGCUGUGUGGCGACCUAUGUGCUGGGCAUCUGUGAUCGCCAUAAUGACAAUAUUAUGCUGCGCUCCACUGGUCACAUGUUCCACAUCGAUUUCGGGAAGUUCCUGGGACAUGCUCAGAUGUUUGGCAGCUUCAAAAGGGACCGAGCUCCAUUCGUUCUGACCUCUGACAUGGCGUACGUCAUCAAUGGAGGCGAGCGUCCCACCAGUCGUUUUCAGCUGUUUGUAGAUUUGUGCUGCCAGGCCUACAACCUCAUCCGCAAGCACUCCGGGCUUUUCCUUAACCUGUUGUCACUGAUGACGUCCUCAGGCCUCCCAGAGCUGACCGGCUCUCAGGAUCUCAAGUAUGUGUUUGAUGCUCUCCAGCCCCACAACACAGACGCUGAGGCAACUAUCUUUUUCACCAGGCUAAUAGAGUCUAGUCUGGGCAGUGUGGCCACAAAGUUCAACUUCUUCAUCCACAACCUCGCCCAGCUAAGAUUUUCUGGUCUGCCAGCCAACGACGAGCCCAUCCUUUCUUUCUCUCCCAAGACUUACACUAUGAAACAGGAGGGCCGCAUCCUCCACGCCUCCAUCUUCUCCUUCCAGAAGAGAUACAACCCAGACAAGCACUAUACGUAUGUGGUGAGGAUCCUGAGGGAAGGUCAGAAUGAGCCCCAGUUUGUUUUCCGCACUUUUGAUGAGUUUCAGGAGCUUCACAACAAACUCACUAUCCUCUUCCCCCUCUGGAAGCUUCCGAGUUUCCCUAACAAGAUGGUGCUCGGUCGCACUCACAUCAAAGAGGUGGCAUCAAAGAGGAAGCUGGAGCUCAACAACUACGUCCACAACCUGAUGAGGAGCUCCACAGAGGUCACGCAGUGUGACCUGGUCUACACUUUCUUUCAUCCAAUUGCUCGAGACGACAAGACCGAAGGUUUAGAUGCCACGGCAAAAGCCCCAGAGCCUCCACUGAGUCCCACUUCUGGCCGGGUGGAAGGAGAAGUGAAGCUCUCAAUCUCCUACAGGAACAGCACUCUUUUCAUCAUGGUCAUGCACAUCCGAGAUCUGGUUUCCGAGGAUGGAACAGAUCCCAACCCAUAUGUGAAAACCUACCUGCUUCCAGAUCCACAAAAGACUUCCAAACGCAAGACUAAGAUCUCAAGGAAAACCAGGAACCCUACUUUCAAUGAGAUGUUGGUGUACAGUGGCUACAGCAAGGAAUCCCUGGGCCUGCGGGAGCUACAACUGAGCGUGCUCAGCGCAGAGUCGCUGCGCGAGAACUACUUUCUGGGCGGCAUCACGCUCAGACUCAAAGACUUUGACCUCAGCAAGGAGACGGUCAAGUGGUACAAACUUACAGCCGUCCCCUACUUCUAAGCCCCCACCUGCCUCUGCAACCGCUCCAGAAACAGGCUGCAUUUACUUCACGUGGGAAAGUUGGCAGAUGCGGCCUUACUUGAAAAUCACCUCAGUUUCACCCACUUCAUAAGAAUUGGGGGGGGGACUCCCAUUUCAUUCAAGGAUUCUGACAUCAUCAGAUUUUAAGUAUACAUUGUGAUAUUUUCAUUUCAAAUCUAACAAACCAAACAGACCAUUUCUUUUACAAUUUGUUGAUGAAAAGCAUGUAUCACUAAGUACAUAUAUGUUGGAUAACUGAUCGGUUUCAGCUGGUUCUAUAGAGUUUCAUUGUGGUAUUCUUACAGCUACCACAGGUUGAACACCUCCAAACCUUUGUUUGUAACAAUGACCAUGUUUCUGUGAUUUUUCCCACAUGACAUGAAUGCAGGCUUAAAAACUCCUUCAGACGCACCCUCAAAGGGUGAUCAAACAGGCCGAUUCUCAAACCCUCAAAGAGGAACUUUGCUCUCCAUUCUUCCCUUUUUUCUUUAACUAAUCAAGAUUGUUUCUGUGACGAACAAUCUCCACUUAUUUUGUCUCUUUUUUUCCUAAAAUAUAACAAAGAGCUGUAAUGUUUUGUACAUUUUGAUAUUAGAGGACCAAAACGGCUUACUUUCAGAAGAGUAUAUAUAGAUUGACACAUUUAUUUUUUAAGAAAUAGAAAAGGGGGCUCGUUUUUACAUUUUCCUUGUUUAUUUUCUAUAUAGGCAAAUAGGAGGCAUCAGGUUUUCCUGAUUUGCAGCAGACACGUCUGGGUAGAUUAGUCCGACAUACCAGAUUCCAGGAAAUCAUCAGUGACCUUACGAUUCCCCAAGAAUGUGCCAAAAGUAAAGAGAGGGAAAGUAAAUCAUACCACUCUCCCACGUAGGGAGCUGAACAGGGUGCCUUUGUUUGUGCUCACAAUCUCUAUAAUGCUCAUCUUGGCCUUACUGCUAUAUAUAUUUUAUUAACAAUCUGAUAUGUCCUUAUUAAAGAAAAAUCUAUAUUCUGUAAAGCUAUAUCAGUAAUUCUUCCAGAGCAGGUCUAAAAGGUUUUUUUUCUAACAGUGGACUGCCACUAAAUGCACACUACCAGGUCUCUCUUGAUUACUUGACUAUUUUCACACAGCACACCUUAAAGGGGAAUUUGUAUCAUAAGCUUUGAAACACACUCAUGUCUGUGCUCUGGAUGAAUAGAAUAUGGUUGCCCAAUAUCUCUGAUCAUAAGUCAGUUCAGUGUUUCCUUCAGGUGGUUUUCAGGUGGCAUGACAGAUUUUUCAAAAUUAAUUUCAGAGACUUUGUAAAUACUGGUGUCUGGACAUGAGGCUGAUUCAGCUCAGGCAACAAUACCACACUCACUCCCAGUGCCUAAUAGUGGUGUAAUGAUGCCGUGAUGAUUAAAUGGGUAAACUUAAACUGCCAGUGAAGUUCAGAUCCAGCAAGGUUCUAUUUUCACAUGAAAUACAUUCUGAGUUUUGAAGCAAACUGAACAUAGAUCAGCGCUUUAAGGGCAACUUUAUCUUAAAAUAUCUCCACGAAAAGGGAACAAGAUCCUGAGCAAGAGAUUAGCUGCUUUCCUCUCCUCUCGCUAACUAUAAAUUGUUGUUAAUGUUUAAUAAAGAAAUUAAGGUGAAUUUAUCUGAAAAGUUUUUUUAAGAGAAGAUCUACAAGACACUUGUGAUCUAAGGGCAACACUCACACUAUGAAUAUUAGUGACUUGAUCCACUCUUUUAGUGACUGUACAAAGAAUGCAAGCAGAGUUUGUAUUAACAUGGCCAGUUAUUUAUUCUUAAUUGGUGACCUGUAACCCGAAUGGAUCAGUGUGUACUGUAAUCCCUCUUUCCUAAAGCAUAUUAAAUGUUUUUGGAUCCAAUAUUA